CGAUGCCACUGCUGCUGCCGCCGCCGCCGCCGCCGCCGCCGGGGCUGCUACCGCUGCUGCUGCCACGUGUCCGCCUCCUCCCGCCGCUGCUCUGCGCCCCAGACCCCGCCGCAGCUCAAGCCCGCGCCUCCUCCUCACUUCCUAAAAUAUGCAACCUGCGUGCUGGCCCCGCCCACGCCGCGGCACGUCACCGUUACCGGAGCAACCUGACACCGGCCGCGGGCCUGACUCCGCCCCCGCUUCAAACCCCACCCCCGCAGGCCCGGGGCCGCGCCGGCUGCGGCCGGUCGGGGCUCCCGGCAGGAGGGCGCCGGGGCCUGGGGCGCGCGUGCCCAAGUCCCGAGAGGCGGCGGCUGCGCCACUGCGGGGCGCGGCGACUCGCUGGGCAGCGGGGACUCGGCGGCCCUGCAGCUCUCGCGUCCCUCCUCCUGCCUCCCUGCGUGACCCGCCUGCUUUGGAGGGCACGCAAGGUCCGCAGUGGGUGCGGGGACGUCCGCAGAACUGGGCCCCCGAAUCUCCGUGGACCUGGGACAGAAACCACGCGCUGGAGCAUCUCAACCUCUGUCUCCAACAACCGGUCCACAGCCAGCUUGCGGCAGAAACCAGAGCACAGACUGCAGGGGCCGGAAGAAGAAGAAGAAGAAGAAAGAGUGAUGUUAAAAUUUUGAAUUCAGAAACAGUUGCCAUGUGGGGAAUUGAUUUUGGCUUGAAACAGGCCACCCGCUUCUCAUCAGUGGCUCCUGGCAGGGUUCCCGGGCUCAGGACACGCCUCCUCCACUCAUUUCCUGGGAAGUCUGUUCCUCUGAGGGCCAUCUCCUCGCCCUUGCAUCACACCUGGAUGCGGUUUCCUUGAGCUGCUGGGUGGCGUUGCCCUGCUCCACUCACUCCACGGCUGUCUUGGCUCCAACAUCCCCUGCCUUUCCUCCUGCUCCUGCCAGCUGAUGGAGAAGGGGCAUUCUGAAGAGAGCAGAGGGCAGUAGCAUGGGGCCGGGGCCUGGGGGUGGAGCUGGGGUGAAGCUCAGGCAGAUAACAGGGGUCAAGGGGGGUCUGAGGCAGCCAGAACCGCCUCCACGAGCCUGUUCCAGCUCCCAGCAGGCUCACUUAGGCUCCCUCGGCCGCCUGGCUCAGAUCUCUUUUCUUAAUCCAAUAAAGGGGCACUUGCCUACUUUUGAAAAGGUGCCAUCGGAUUAUUUCUUGCCCCAUAUCCUGUCCUGAAGCAGUUCAGCUCCAAUUUCAUCUUCAAGACCAGUUUCUGUCUGAUAGGGCUCUUUUGCUAUUGACCUAGAAUCACUAAUAUUUUAUAGCCCCUGAGCCAUUAUUGUCUCUUUACGCUCUUUCUUGCCAAAUGGACAGCGUCUCAAAUCUCCUUGUUCUUUCCUCCACUCUUGUUUCUCUCUCUGCUGCCACAACAUCCAUCUACCCACAGCGCCACCUUUAUGCAGGACAGCCUUUCCUCCGGGCUUCUCUGAUAAAUUCAAUCAGGAAAACUGUCUGCCUGCUUCGAGAUCCAUGCUUAAAGGACUUUGCAUUAGAGGUGGUGGGCAGUGAAGUACUGAUUCUAGAUCCUUCUGCAGGGUGUCAGCAGGACCCAGGAGCCCCAGUGCCCUCAGGACAAGAGCUGUUGGCUUAACAACAAAAUACUCCCUUUUGUAACACAGGGAUGGGAGAUUUCUUUGGUAGCCUCAAUUGCCAUUUUUUUUUUUUCUUUUCUUUUCUUUUUAGGGCUGCACCUGUGGC